AUGAGGGGAACUAUUAACAUUGUAUGGACAAAGAUUUUUAUGAUUCGCGUUCUGCACCGCAGAAGACUCAACACAAUAAUAGCAGACUUGCACUCGAAGUUUGGCCCGGUAGUUCGCAUCGGCCCCAAUGAGCUUUCUUUCAGCACGGUUAAUGCACAGAAGAAGAUCUACAAUAGCUCUAACAACAACAUAAACACAUACUUUACCAAACAGUGGACUGUACAAGAGCAAGCCGAAAACCUAUUGCUAGUCGGAACAAACAUCAUCACGACACAUGACAAAGAGUUGCACAGGAAACUGAAGAGAGGCAUUCAACCAGCAUUCACUCCCAAUGCUCUGAAAGACCAAGAGCCAUUGAUCCAACAGCAUGUACGAGGCAUGAUUGGCCGGCUGGACGAGAUCGUCCAAAAGCCACACCAGGUAACGAACAUCGGCGAUGUCAUUUCUGCGAGUGUAUGGGAGCUUGUUUCAGACCUAAGCUUUGGUGAUACAUUAACAGGAAAUGGAAGACUGAUGUUCGAUUAUUUCAUCAACAAUGCAAACUCGGUCAUGGCAGCAUAUGGUUUAUACGAUUACCUCUUCCCCUUUGGCUCUUGGGUGCUUCCUUCGCUCAUGAAACCUCUUGGUAAAUUGCUGCAGAGUUUCCCUUACGCAUCGACUACGACCGGACAUGUAGUCAGCGCGUCCACGCUCAGAAAUUGCUUGCAAAGACAGCAUGAGAGAAGAGAUUUCAUGACGGCAAUCCUUGACCAUUGUGCACAGACGGGCUUCCACCUGAGUGAUGAUGAGCUGGUUCAAAACUCUUCCAUUUUGUUCCUCGCUGGCUAUGGAACGACGGCUAUGACGAUGACUGCUACAUUCUACCAGCUUCUCCGUAACCCGGAAUAUAUGGCUGCUGUACAAUCAGAACUCCGGAACGCUUUUCCCAGCCAGGAAUCGAUCACUGCGGAUGGCCUCGCAAAGCUCCGCUAUCUCCCCAGUGUAAUCUUUGAGACUCUUAGGCUGAUGCCACCCAUCAAUACCCGCUUUGCCGACCGAACAUGUCCUGGAACGGAGAUCAAUGGCAUUUACAUUCCGAAAGGCACGGUAGUCUCUGCUAACGUUUUUUCCAUGCAAAGGAUGUCCGAGUAUUGGGCUGAACCUUUGUCUUUCAGGCCUGAGCGAUGGUUUGACAAUGGACCAGGCACUCUGUUUGAACACGACAACAGGGAAGCUUACAAGCCCUUUCUUUCGGGAACUAGAGGCUGUAUCGGAAAGGAGAUGGCGUACCAGACACUCCGCAUUUCUCUCGGCCAUCUGCUCUAUCGCUACGAUUAUACAAUGGUAAACACUGAUCUUGAUUGGGACCGAGAUGUCCCUUCUGCGGUAUCUUUCCAGAGGUUCAAAUGUGUUCAGGUGAAUGUUCACCCACGGAAGUCAUAA